AGCCCGAUAGGUGCAGGUGAGCGACCAAACAUGGACUUUGUGUACGAUCUGGAGACUUUUGGCAACGGGUCUAGCCAGAAAAAGGUAGACUCCCCGGAUCACCCAGCCUCAGGCGUCUCUCUCACGUUGCGCUCUCUCUCGACCUCCGACUUCUCCAAGAAACUCCAAUCGCUCUCACUCCUGGAUAUCGCCAAGGGCGCAGCAAAGAGCGGAGCAGACAGCUUUGAAACAAAAAAUGGCAGCAACCUGUCAUACAACGCACAAUGCCUCAAAAGGGCAAGGGCAUCAAUAGACCUCUUGGACUCAUUAGGCUUUGAUUACAAUCCUCUCCAGGACGCCUCCACAAAUGGAUCGUACCAUCCCAACAGCAAAACAUCAAUCGACAACGACGACCUCACUGACAUAUUUCUAUACAACUCCGGAUUCGACGGAAAAUCUUUAGUGGAGAAGUUAACCAAGGUCUUGGAAAGCUCGGACGGAUACGAUACCUCCACCAGACAUUCUUUGAGCAUACUAGAACGAAGAAUAGAAUAUGAACUAUCCCUUGAAAACGGGGAUAACUCGGACACAAAGAAGCAGUCGGGAACCUUUGGAGCAGUUUCCCAUUUUGAAAACUUGAAAAACUUGACUUCCACUGGCCAAACGGGGAAUUUGGCCCGUAGAAAUUUGAGAGGAUUGAUAGAAGAAGACUUGCUCCAUCAAUAUGCAUCACAGCUACGCACCUUUCAGAAAAUAGUCAGGUCGAUUGAGUCAGUUCGUCCGAACCUCGAAACGUUCACAAAGGAGUACAAUGACCUCUACUCCUCGAUAAAUACUUCCGUAAAUAGUCUACAAGACUUGAGACAAGAAAUCACAUCUCUUGACAAACAAAAGAAAGUCGUCGACUUGAAGAAAAACAUCCUUCUAGCCUUCAAGUCCACCUUCACAGUAACCCAAUACGAAGAGCAUUUGAUCAGAUUUGCGGACUUAAACGAUGCUACAACGGGAGUCGAUUUUUUCAACGCAAUCGAUAAAAUAAGAAGCAUUCAGAAUAAUUGUGAUGUGUUGCUAGGCAUGGAAAAUGAAAAAUUAGGUAUGAAGAUCCUGAAGCAAAUGAGCGAUUUACUUGUUUCUGUCAACGAGAGAAUCACCUCUUACGUACAGAACAAUAUCGAUUACGUUUACUCCGGCAGUAACCUCAAUCUUAACAUUUCCAAAAAAAUCAGCCUCUCCACUUUCCACAAAUGCUUGGUCUAUAUAUGGCAAAAUAACAGGAGUGCCUUUGACUCGAUUAUGUCAGACAUGGUAGAAUCUCGGAGCCGUCUCAUUGCAAACGAGUUCAUCAACCAAUUGAAAGGCUAUUCUGAGGAAGUGUCGACUUCGAACCAAAAAACAGCAUACUCCAAAGCAAGCACCAAUAAAAACCAAUCAAGACUUUUCUUAUCAUCAUAUGAUACAAUAAGAUUUAUGUCCGACUCCUUGGCAUACAUACACAGCUUACUCGUAAAUGAGAUGGAGAACUCCCGUUCUUUUUUAACGUUUGAUUUCAUAUCCAGAGAUGAAAAUAGUGAGUUAGAAAAUAUGGUUGGAAGUGUUGUCAUGAGGAUAAUAUCGGGCUUGAAUAAGCCUCUGAAAGGUGCAGUUGAAAGUGUUUUAAGGCAAGAGGCAAAAUUGCCUACUCUUGUAAACUCCUAUGAUUUGUUGGAAUUAUAUUCUGGGAUGUUUACCAAGUUACUGAACCCAGAACAAAAGGCCAUGAACGAUGGUACAAUGGCUACAAUGAAAGAGCUCGAAAUAGAAACACAAGAACGUAUAUUCUUCUUGAUCAAACUCAAAUUGAAAACUUUGGAAGUAGAGGCCGCGGAAGAGGGUUUGAACACCACGGAGGAUGGAGCUGUACUACCCGACUGGGUUGUUGAUUGGUUCGCCUUCAUUGACGAUAUGUUUGAAGGCUAUAACUCCAACAAAACCUUUGAUGAUACAAAUGAACAUAUUGUAGGAUUAAAUGAUAAACAGUGGAACGAAUUGCUCGAGUUGCUAAUUAAUAAACCCGUGGAAUUGCUGAAAUCAAUACAUAAUAAGCUUAAAGCACCUGAGAAGGAUAAACUUAUCUGGGUGUUGAACUGCGUCGAUUAUAUGUAUAAUAAAGUUGAGAUUAAUUCCUCUCUAUCUUCAAAAGCUGAUUAUCUGAAUUCACUGAUUGAAAAGGAUACAGAUAUUUUGAUCAACUUGGAAUUUACAGGAUUACUUAAGAGUUCAGGUUUAUUUGAUAUCUACAACUUGGUUAACAUGAUCUUCAAAUUAGAUGAUGAAUUUUUUGAUGUUUCAUUUUAUGAGCCUAUAUUAGAAAACAAGCUUUUUAGUGUUGAAACCUUUCAAACAGCAAAUCAAAAGAUGGAAGUUUUCUUAUCGAGCUAUAUAAAUCAGAAUGAGUUGAAUGGUUUGAUGUCCCCAUCAAUCUAUAACAAAGUUUUUUUUGAUUCGGCAAUGAAUUUCAUUAAGUUUUACAGAAAACUUUGUCUGAUUGUCAACCAAUAUCUCAGGGAUAGAGAUGAUAACAAAAUAAAGGUGUUUCAGUGGGAUGAAAUGACCAUUGCCACUUUGCUUGGUAUAGAAGAAUACUAUCAAGAGCACCAGCAUUUCAACUAGAUACAUAGAUUUAUAGACUUCGUGUAACUAUGAUAGCUAGAGACCACGAUCUGGUUUCUGACCUCUCCCGUAACCUUUACUCUCGUAGUAAUCCAUCGGAUAAAAGUCCUCAUCAAACUGCUUAUCCUCAUUCAUCAACACCAUAGCUUCAUAAGGAGUGAGUAAAGGUUUGCUAAAAGCAUACCCCCAAUCAAUACUCAAU